AUGUCAGCCACACGUUCCUCUCGGAUUAUUAAAACACUCACCAAUCAAUUCUCUCCUAUUAAAUUAUCAAUUAAAAACAUUUCCAAACCCUAUGAAAAUGAUGGAGCACACAAUGAUAUUUUCAAACAAGCUGGUGGAGAGUCACAUCUUCGGAUCACUAUUGUGUCCGAUAAUUUUGAAGGACAAACAAUGGUUAAGAGACAUCGAAUGAUUCAUAAGGCUAUUUCUGAUGAAUUUCGGGAUGGUUUACAUGCCCUCACUAUUCACGCAAAAACACAAUACGAAUACAAUCAAUCAUUGGAAAGAAUGAGGAAAAUAAGAGAGGACAGAGAGGAUGAAAUCAAUGAAGAUGAGGACAUUAUGGAUGAGGACCUACGAGGAAAGGAGUAA